AGAGGGAGAGAUAGUGAGGGUCAAGAAAGCUAGUGUUUGGCAAUCAGCCGUAGUGUGGGGAAGGUCUUGUCGUGGAAGGAUGGUUUAGCAUGAAGGCUCCAGCUACGGGACUUGUGUUUCUGAGACGAAGCUGCGGGUGACACCGUUGUCAGCUGAUGUCAAGAGGUGCCAAUUGGUGCCAAGGUGCCAGUUACAGCCACCGGGAUGAAGAUCAACAAGGCACUGUUGCCCAUCAAGGGUCAUUAUUUUAUAUUCUGGGGAUCCUACGCGUCCGCCCUGCCCUUCAUGAUGGUGGUGGCGAGGCAGCUGGGGAUCCCGGUGGCGCUGCAGGGAACCAUCACUGCCGCCGUCAUUGCCUUCGCCGUUUUAGCCAAGCCCGUGAUCUCGGCGGCGGCGGACCACCUCCCCUCCCUCAGGAAAUCGAUCUUCUUGGGUCUCCUGACGAUCAUGGUGACCACGCUGGCGCCCAUCGGGUUUCUGAAGCCCCUGUACCCGGCGCCGGUGGUCCAGGGGGCGCUCAGAGCCGAGGGGGCGUCGGAGGGGGUUCUGAGGGCGCGUGAUACAGGACGUCACGUGCUCCCAAGCCAGCCCUGCCCUCAAGCCACCUCUCCCUCUGGCUUUUCACUCUCCCUCCACCACCACCUGACUGACGACCCCGAACCAAAGGGCAAGAACUGGACAGACACACCCCAGCAGGAAGGUUAUCGCUUUUACGUAGCGUCUGGUCUCCAUUUUCCCGCCAUUUUCGAAGCAGUUAAUGUCAGUAUACGUUGCAAAGGAGGAGAAUGGAAGGGUCACGGCUGCCACGCCCCCUGGGAGACAGCUGAAUUCUGGCUCUUUGUGACCCUCCUGCUGGCGGGACAGGUCGCCGCCUCCACCGUCGAGUCUAUAUCGGAUGCAGUUUGUCUCGAUAUCAUAGGAGAGAAUGGAGACUACGGUUCGCAACGGGCAUGGGGCGCUCUCAGCUAUGGCAUCGUGGGUACUCUGAGUGGUAUCCUGGUAGACUGGUAUUCCGGGCCUGGUAUCGUGAAGGAUUACAUGCCCGCUUUUCUCCUGCUGGUUCUGCUGGGAACUCUGGACGUUUUGCUCUCAUCGGCGACUCUCAAGAUUCCGAAAUUCGAGGGCAGCGCCGCCAUCUGCAGCAACCUCCGUCCUCUCCUCCGCCAGCCGGGCUUCUUCGUCUUCCUGUGCUUCACUUUCCUUAUCGGCUUCUUCGAUGGACUGGAUACGGGCUAUGUCUUCGUGCUUCAAGAAGACAUAGGCGCCGGUACAAGUUUGGUUAAACACAUGAAAUUCAUUCAAGGAUUGACUCUGCUAGUCCAGGCCAUCUCAGCUGCUCCCUUCAUGUUUAUCUACGCCAGGGUGGAAUCGAAGCUCGGCGCCGCCCACAUCAUCACCCUGGUCUUCCUGCUCUUCAGCCUGCGGUUGGGGGGUCUGGCCACCGCGGGGUUCCUGGGCCAGCUGUGGGGAACUGUGGCCAUGGAGGUGAUCAAUGGCCCUUGCUUUGGCCUGGGUUACGCGGCCAUCAUCGUCCAGGCAGGAGCCAUCACGCCCCCGGGAACUUCGGCGACGGUUCAGAGCCUCGUGGGGAUCUGCUACGGGACGUUAGGGUACGCUGGUGCUAGCUUCGUGGGCGGCGUGCUGUACGAUGCAGUGGGCGGCCCCAUGCUGUACCUGUGCAUGGGCGCGGCUGCUGCGCUCACCUGCCUUCUGCACUUCGUUUACAAUAAGUAUUUACCUCAGACAAUAGACAAGAAAACCGAGGAGUUAGCACUCGAAACAAUUUUAGAAAAAGGAAUCCCAUAUCGAGUAGAAGGAGAACAUCUUAAAAAGCGAGAAAAAGGAGACGAGGAGAGAAGAGCAAGUGAAGAAGGAAAGAGAGAGGAAGAGGCCGCCAUGUUAAGAAAGGAAGAAGACAUAGACCUUGAUAAUAUAGAAUUUCACGACGAAAAGCAACAUUCUGUGUCGGUGGAAGAUGAGACGUGAAUAUUAGAGGAAGAAAUAGGUAUUAUGAGUGUUUUAAAUGUACGGGUGUUGUGAAUUGACUUAGAUAAAAAAAAUAUAUAUGAAGGCUUGUUGGGGAACGAUUGAAGAUUAGACAGUUUUGUUGAUUCUUUCUGGUUAUUCUUUGCAGCAAAACUGUUACGAUGAUCGCUGUUGUUUGAAAAGCAAAAAA